AUGGUUUGGGACUUUCUGGAAGGUGGUUGGAACCCCUCAGGCUGGGGAAGCCCGUGGCGUCCUCAAAUGCCCCUAGGCUCCACUAACAGGUGCAGUCCAGCCGGACUCUCCCUGCCCGACAUCACUGGAGUGAGCAUACUGGCAGUGGAAGCAGUGGAUCAACGCAACUACACGUACAUUCCCGGACCCCUCGCAACCGCCGUCCUGCCGGAUGCCAAGACGCUUCCAAAUCUGCAUUUUUGCAAUGUCACCGUCACCUACACACACCCAGGCUGGCAUGACACGAUCAAUGUCAACAUAUUUCUCCCCACAGAUGAUUGGAAUGGUAGAUUUACUGGCAUUGGCGGGGGUGCCUUGGUCACGGGCGGGGGAGAACUUGCCGAGUCCAACAUGAUGCCCAUCAUGGCGACGGGAUCUGCCACUGCCACCACCGACGGUGGACACUCUUCCGACGUUCUCGGUCCGGAGCUGAACGAACCCGCCUGGGCAUUGACGAGCCCCGGCAACUUGAAUUGGCCGCUGCUCGUGAAUUUUGCCUCGGUCGCGCUGCACGACACGGCCACGAUUGGCAAGGCGGUUGUGCAAGCAUUUUACGGCACUGCACCAAGCUACUCUUACUUCUUGGGCGCUUCGACGGGCGGUCGCCAAGGCCACAUGCUCGCGCAGAGAUAUCCGCACGACUAUGAUGGCAUCAUUGCCCUGUUUCCGGCCGUGAAUUGGGUCAAGUUCUGGUGGUCUGGCCUCUGGCCGACAUUUAUCAUGGAUCAGAUGAGUUCCUACCCCCAACGCUGCGAGGUGGAUGCCAUCACGGCCGCAGCCGUGUCGACUUGCGACAAGCUGGACGGUGUGGAAGACGGGAUCAUUUCUAGAGUGGAUCUCUGUGACUUCAAGGCUCGCGAUGCGAUUGGUAAAAAGGUUCAGUGCAAUGGCAUCGAGACUACAGUAUCUCCAGAGGCCGCAAAAGUAGUACAAAAGACGUGGGACGGACCCCGAAGCUCUACAGGCGGGUUCCAAUGGUAUGGAUUCGGCAUGGGAACCAGCUUGACGCAGCCGCCUACGGGCGCCAUUCAGGUCCAGUGCAUUGAAGGGGAUAUUUGUCAAUCUGCGGCCAAUACUGCAUGGGCUCGAUACUGGGUCAAAAAGGAUCCCUAUUUCGACAUGACCGGAAUCACCCACCAAGAAUGGGACGAUCUCUUUCACGCAUCCGUCAACGAAUAUGAGUCCAUCAUUGGGACCUCGGACCCUGACCUGUCUGCAUUCAAGAGAAGAGGGGGCAAGAUGAUGUUUUGGCACGGGACCGUCGAUGCGGCUAUUCCUUUUAAUGGUAGUACCGACUAUUAUGACCGCGUCUUGAGUCGCGACCCCAAUGCUCAGGAUUAUUACCGAUUCUUUGUUGCGCCUGGGGCCGGCCAUUGCUUCAACUGCGGGCCGGCACCGCCAUUCGGCAUGGAUCAUAUUGUUAAUUGGGUAGAAAAUGGUGUGGCUCCCGACGUACUGAGAGCCGCUGGUACGAAUGGGUUCGGCGAUUGGGUUGAAAGAGACAUCUGCCUGUACCCCAAGGUUCAACAUUAUGCAGGGGGGGAUCCGUCAAAGCCAUCAUCUUUCAUUUGCGUCUAG